AGUAUGGAGGAAGAGGCCAGGGCAUGGGGGGAGUGGGAUGCCUGCCCUAGUGGAGGGAGCAGUCCUCCCAACUCUCAGGGUCCCUAAACUCAGCCCUCCCCCCUCAGAAGGGUGCUGGUGGGUUGGGGAUGAAGCCCUGAUCUGAAGGGACUCCCCAUUUCCAGCCUUCCCCAGGGAACUCAGGGCAGCCACGAGGCUAUUGUACCAAGCUCAAACCCACAGUGACCCCCUCCAUCCCCAGCAGACACUGCCCAUAAGGCCAUGUGUUUCUGUCAGGCCCUUUCAGUGUGUUGUGGUAGGGUGGGGGUGGGUAGGGUAUGGUGUGUGCGUUUCCAUGUAUGCUGGCUUUGCACUUGCCACUUUGGCCAACACCUGGGCAGAACCCAGGAGUCUUGGUUCACAACCCAACCCCAAUCCAAUCCUCCCCCCCACCAUUCCCAGAUGCAGGACAGAAUCCCAAAAGACCCCGAUCCACUCUCAGAGCCAGGGUAGAUCAGGUGUCCUGGCUCUCAGCACCACCACCUGGUCCUACCCACCACAUCCCACUCCCCUCCCAAAGCUGGGAAGGAACCCAGGUGUCUGGGGGUCAUGCCCCGGGCACCUUGUGCCCAGCUGUGUCAACCCCCUGCUGGGGAUUCUUGCAUAGCCACACUGGAAAAUGUGACAAGGUCCUUGGCGGACCCUUGUCCCUGAUCCCUUUGCCCUGGGAGUGCCCAGCAGCCCUUUGCCUGGCUCCCGGGGUGGGGGUGGGGAGGUGCUAUAUUUAGCUCUGGUCCUAGGAUCCGGUUACCAGCUGCAGCCCUUUCCCCUUGGGUUGGAUCAGCACAUUCUUGCCCAGAAGCCAGGUUCCCCUCAAGGCAGGAGGGACUUAGGGGCUGGGACAAGCUGUAUACCAGGGAACAACCCCCUCCCCUAGAAAGAUCAGAGAGUUAUGCCUAGAACCCAGGUGUCCUGGUCCCAAGGUAUUUCUCUUUAACACACCAGACCUUGCUCCCCACCCAGAGCUGGGAGGAAAUCCAGGUGUUGGGGCAAGUGCUGGGUCCCUCUGCCAGCCUUCCCUCCCCACCAGGGUGACGCAGCUGCUGCUGAGGAGGGGGAAGGGGCGAGCUAAUUUUAGCCAGGCCAGGGGGCAUCAGCUCGUAUAAGGCCAUGACAGGGUGGCGGGGGCUGGGCCGGCAGCCAUUGGCUGGAGCCGUAGGGUUACGUGGGGCACCUGGGCCCGUCUCUCAGAGCCAUCCAGGGCUGGGGCCGGCGCGGAUCCCAGCUGCACCAGUCCCCUUACAGCACUGCCUGCCUGAGCCAUGGCCCCCCUCUCCGCCUGGCACCUGGGCCUGCUGUUGGCCCUCUUGUGCUCCCUGCAGCCUCUCGAGGUGCAUGGAGACACUGGGCCCCAUCCCCAUGAUGACAUAGAACACCCACAUCACCACGGUGAUUACAACCAUCAGGAUGCAGAACACCCUCAGCAUAAAAGGGAACAUGGGCACCACAGCCAUCACCAUGACGACAGAGAGCACCAGCACAGCCAUCACUAUGGCGAUGAGGGGCAUCCCUACAGCCAUGAUGAAGAACAUCAUCACCACAACGACGAGGAACACCAUCACGAUGGCCAUCACUAUGAUGACAAUGAACACCGCCACCAUGGCCAUCACCACGACGAUGAGGAGGAGGAGGAGGAGGUGGAGCACCACCAUCACUACAAGGAGCAUCAUCAUCACAGUGACAAAGAGCAUCUGCAUGGUAACAGGCACCACCACCACUAUGAUUCUGAGGAGGAGGAUGAUGAUGACAACAACGAUGACAAUGAUGCUCACCAUCACCAUGAUGACCACCGCAGCAAUGAGGAUGAGCCCAGUCACCACCACCAUCACCACAAGGACAAGGAUGACAAUGAUGACGAGGACAACGACACCCCUCACCACCAUGGUCAUGAUAUCAAGUCUACUGAGGAGGACGAUGAUGAGUCUGAGGAAGAGGAGGAUGAGGAAGAGGGUGUGAGGAAGCACCACAGGGAUGAGGAAGAGGAUGAGUCUGAUGAGUCAGAGGAAGAGGAGGAAGAGGAAGGACAUGGCAAGGAAGGGCACCGGGUCCGAGAGCAUCGCAAGGAGGAGAAAGAGGAGGAAGAGGAGGAGGAGGAGGGAGAGGAGGAGUACCAGCCAGGCUCCGUGUGCCAGUACUGUGAGUUCUGCAAGCACUGCGGGGAGUGUGACAAGUGCCCCUGCCUGGAAGGUGAUGCCAGCCCCUACUGCGAGGCCUGUCAGCAUUGCCACUUCUGCUACAUGUGCCCAGUCUGUGAGACUGCCUGCCAGCCAGGGAGCAUAGUGGAUGAGAUGUCUGGGGCCUUGUUUCAAAUGAUCGCCACCAUCUUUGAACGACAGGAGCAGUGAGGGAGCUGUGAUGCAGGGGAAAAAGUGGGGGAAGGCCCUAGGUGACCUCUGACCUUUAGGAUCCAAGGUGCCCACUCAGCUGGACAGGCCUCUUCCUCAUCUGGGCUUGUGUAGGGGGGGUAUCAGUCUGACCCGUCUGGAUUGAGAUGUGACAUGGGGGGGGGGGUGUCCCUGUACCCCUGACCUUGUACCCACUGCUGACCCAACCCCUCCCCCAAGCCCUCCAUUGGGCUUCAUUUCAGCAUAGGGGGGAACAACUGCUGCAGAGAUAAGGACCCCCAGUUGAUGGGGCAGUGACCUGGGACCCUCCCUUCAAGCCCCAGGCCCUGGUACACCCCCUUCAGAUCCCCACCAGGCUGGAGCCCUCCAUGCCUAAUUUUGCCCCCCAACCAGUCCAGGUACCCAGGCCCCUGGUGUGAACUCAACCCUCCCCUCCUCCCCCAACUCUGCAUUUUGUAUGGUUAAUCCCUGUUUCCCUCAAUAAAAGCUGUGAUG